AUGCACAGCGACCGGCAGCCUUUGAAAAAGCGGCGCGGUGGAUUCAAGAUGGCGGAGCUGGGGUCCCUUCUGGACGAGAGCUCUUCUGCAAAAGCUCUUGUUAGUCUGAAAGAGGGAAGUUUAUCAAGCACUUGGAAUGAGAAGCACAAUUUGCCAAAGUCCCAAAACACCAGGGGAAGAAUUACAGUGUCAUCAAUGGAAACACCAACAAGAAGCUCAAAAAGAAGCCGCUUGUUUUUUGAGGAAGAUGAUGGGCAGUUCACUUCCAGGUCUCCUAGGAGAAGUCAGAGAGUUACAGCUGUGCCUCAGAAAUUUUUGAGUUUUCCAACUCCAGAUAAGAAAGUGUCUCAAAAGAUAGGGUUGACAUUACGAAAUUUGCUGAAGCUACCCAAAGCUCACAAGUGGUGCAUUUAUGAGUGGUUUUAUUCAAAUAUUGACAGACCCUUAUUUGAAGGAGAUAAUGAUUUCUGCCUUUGCCUAAAAGAAUCUUUUCCUAAUUUAAAAACACGGAAGUUGACCAGAGUAGAAUGGGCAAUUAUCAGAAGACUAAUGGGAAAGCCCAGAAGAUGCUCAUCAGCUUUCCUUGCUGAAGAGCGAGCAGCUUUAAUGCAGAAAAGACAGAAGAUACGAUUACUGCAGCAACGGAAGCUUACAGACGUGUCUCAGUGCAAAGACCUUCCAGAAGAAAUCCCACUGCCUUUAGUUAUAGGCACCAAAGUCACAGCACGCCUGAGAGGAUCUCAUGAUGGCUUGUUUACUGGGCAGAUUGAUGCAGUUGACACAAGUGCAGCCACCUACAGAGUGACCUUUGAUCGCAGUGGCUUAGGGACUCAUACUGUUCCUGACUAUGAAGUUCUUAGCAAUGAACCACAUGAAACUAUGCCAAUAUCGGCUUUUGCUCAAAAACAGCGGCCAUCUCGUUUCCUGCCCUUCAUGACGCCACCUCGUGCGACUUACCCUCCCUCUUCCCAACCUUUUCUAAUGGACAAUGAUCCUCUGCUUGGUCAGUCGCCGUCUAAGAAUAAGCUGUUGGGUACAGAAGGGGACACACUCGGUGGCUUCCCUGUACAGUUCCUUAUACAAGUUACGAGACUGUCAAAAAUCCUCAUGAUUAAGAAGGAACACAUUAAGCAACUAAAGGAAAUGAACACAGAAGCUGAAAAACUGAAAUCCUAUUCAUUGCCAAUAGGGUUUGAGUUUCAGAAGCGAUAUGCUACCAUUGUGUUGGACCUUGAGCAGCUGAAUAAAGAUCUGAACAAAAUCUUACAUGAAGUACAGCAGCAUUGCUAUAAGCUGGCCCCAGAGCAGGGGAUGCAGCCAGCUGACCAACCCACAGAGCUGCGGCAACGGUGUGAGGAGGAGGCCCGGGAGAUGGUCAGGCAGGCCAACGUGCUCCCCAAUGGCCAGCCGUAUGUUCGCAGUGGGAGCCUAACAAGCCUGAUUGCCAGUCUCACCUCACUGUUGCUGCAGAUAAAGUGUUUGGCUGAGGCAAAUGACUUGAAUUCAUUUGAGUUUAAGUCUUUGACAGACUCUCUUAAUGAUAUUAAACACUCAUUAGACAGUUCCAACACAAGCUGCUUUCAGAACAAUGUGGAGAUCCACAUUGCGCAUAUUCAGAGUGGCUUGAGUCAGAUGGGAAAUCUUCAUGCCUUUGCAGCCAACAACACCAACAGAAUCUGAGGUUUAUUCUAUCAAUAAAUAUUUAAACAUGGCCGUCAUGCAUCUUUUGUGUCAAUUGGGAAUACUUUCAAGAACUUCAAAGGAGUUGUGAUUUGAUUUCAUUUGCUCGGUGUGACUUCUGCACAUUCAGAACUGAAGUAGAUUUUUGUUUUGCCUUGUGCAUUUCUGAGGAUUUUUCUUGUGCACCUUUCAUACACAUGUGGAAUAACUUGGAAAUAUGCUACAUUUCAAUCUAUCAGUAAUCUGAAUAAUUUAAGUCAUUCCUAAUAUUUAGCUGGUCAUUUGUUCACAUCCAUUAACUUUGCAACGUCAUGAAAAUUAGUUGCACCUAUAUUUCACCACAUGAAAGAUGUUUUGAGAUUAUGCACUUUUUGCAUUGUUAAAUUUAGUCCAGCAAAAUUUUUCUCAAAUGAAAUCCAAGUUGUCACCAUUUAUUUUUUUGCCGUUAUAUGGGCCAUCUUAAAAAUCUGAUACUAUGCACUUCUGAAACAUUGGUUAUAUUUCUUUCUCCAAAAACUGCAUGGCUAUUUCAUUAAUACAUGUUGACACAAAGACUAUGUGGUGUUUUUGUAACUUUCAUUAUUGCACAUUUUUAUUUUUGGGAGGGGAUUGAAGCUAAAAAGGGAUAUUCUACUUAAACUUGAAAAGAUUUUUAAUAAUUGAGCAUAGUGUCACCAGUUAUCUACAUCUUGCUGUCCUGUUACUUUAAUUUGUGUAUAGUUAUAGUUUGUUAUUAAAGGAAAAUCUUCCCAAUAUUAAGCUGUUUUGA